CCACAGCUACAAAAACACCAGCAACGCUCUCCGCCGCUGCUGCUCUUACCACACCACCACCGCCACCACUGCCACUACUACUACUACUACUACCACUACUGCUGCUGUUGCCUGUGCACCCUUCGGUCGUCCCAACUGCUGCCGCCGCCACCGUUGCUGCUGCUGCUGCUGCUGCUGUUGUGCUUACUACUGCUGGGUAUUUUUUUUUUUGCCCUUGUUGCUCACAGUAUUACACAGCUGAGAAGGAAGGAAGGCGAGCGUUUGAUAAAAGAACUAUGAUAUCAGACGACGAGGCCUCGGCCACGUAUGGGACAGGCCGUGAUUGCCGUUGCUUUGGCCACGAAAGUACCGAAGGUGGCCAUGUGGUUUCAGGUGGGGCCGGUGUGAUGAGCGGCGACAACGGUUCGCUGUCACCGUCACGCCGUGUGUACACUAUUUUAUUGUUAUUACUGCUGUGGGGGUGUGUAUACACAGUACACGCUGAGAAUACCGGACACCUUGCAAACACGCCCCGAUGGUGUCCUUAUUUCCGAAGCCGUUUGAUGCCAUGUUUGGAAGUUAGUGGACAUGAAACUUACCUAUCGAGGAAUUGGCACCACUGCACUGGCUAUAGAUGUGCUAAAUAUAAGUGUCCGACGAAUGGAAACGGUCGAAAACGUGCUCUAGGUGGAAGAAUUGCACAGCGACCCAAAUACAGAAAGGUGUAUCGAGUUAGGAAGGAACUGGCUUGGAAAUGCUGUCCUGGUUUUAACGGCAACAAUUGUGAAAAUGAAUGUUUUAAUUGCACAGUUCUGGAAACUAUGCAGAACCAAAUAAAGCAGUUAGAGACACGACUCACAACGAACCACAGAUCAAGGGACUGCAAAGGGUGUUCAAAAGAUUUUGUAAACGAACGGUCUUAUUACAGAGUGAAAGGUGAGCGAGGAGAACCAGGGCUGCCAGGAAAAGAUGGGCGCCCUGGAUUGGCGGGCAGACCUGGGCCUAAAGGAGAACGAGGUCCCACCGGUCCUGUCGGAAUGCCAGGACGUCCUGGAGAUACAAUAAACAGAAGAAAAGACAGAAAACCAUAUCGUGUGGCCGGUCCACCUGGGCCCCCGGGUUUACCAGGACCUCCCGGACCACCGGGCCCACGUGGACCGACUGGGUUAUCAGGUAUCCCUGGAUUACCAGGGGUAAAUGCUGUUGAGAAAACAGAUUCAGUUGGACAUUCGGAAGGACCUGGAUUACAUGGCAGGUUUAGCAAAGCUGGCUCUGAUGAUAUACGAGGAGAAAACGAUGCACAAACUGUUACAGAAAUAGAAGAAAAGCUGAAAUUUCUACAAGACCAAGUCAGUCACCUACAGGGUGAAAUGCUGGAUAUUAAGAACACAUAUAGUGAAGUGAGUUUGCUACGAGAUAGGCUUACCUUAUUGGAAAAACUUGUAAUUAAAGUGGUCGAACAACUGGCGUAUGACGAAGUAAUGACGACGGCAGCUACAGAUUUUCAACAACUACGGAAACAACAACAGCAGCAACAGCAGCAGCAGCAACAACAACAACAACAAUAUGAAUCUUCAGCUACACCUGGUGUUUUCCAAAGCAGAUGUCCUUAUUCCUUUCCACCCGUCGAACCAGCUUUUCCUACUUUACCAUCGAAUAUCCAACGAGAGUUUAGAGGGAACUUAACGAAAUUCCUGUUCCGGUGCGUCGACCUAUGGAAUGCGCAUGAAAAAGAAUACUUCUUCCGAGACGGUAUAAAUAACUUGCACCAAGAUGACCCUAAACUCUUUGACAACCGAAGCUGGUCGGAAGAAUCAAUGUCGCUAUAUUUACCUGCCAGCAAGCAGAAGCUUGCGGCUACGUCUUCAGGAGCAAAAACCAAAAUCAGAAGACACUUAAGCGCGUAUUUCUUAGCAUUUGUAAUAAUAGUCUUAUUCGUUGUGUAGUAUCAAUGUUAGCCACCGAAAACUGUGCCUUGCUGCAAGUUGUUCCUGAUGUUCUUGUUGUUAUUGUGGUAGUUUUCAUUCCCCCCAGAUUUAAUAGUCAACCUGAUCUGAUAGACAUUAUUGUAUUUCUCCGGUGUAUAAGUCGAUG